GGGACCUACGGGCUCAGAGUAGGAGAAGAUGGCAAAACCAGUGGUUUACGUGCCAGUCAAGCUCGAUGCCUUCGUGCUGAAUGGGUUGAGCAAGGGCUUUCCUGAUAAUGCAAGCGUUGCACCAAUCUCCCAGCCAAACUACACUUUCCUUCGCCUAGAUGCCGCGGUGAUUCAGAAUGAUGUCCUGCCAUACCACGACAUCUCUCAUGCUUCGCCACCAUCUCUUAAUCCCAGAUUGACUGAUCUGGGCACUGGCGAGCCUAGGAAGCGAAGGCAAGGCGUGUAUCUGCAUUGGAUGUUGCCUCGAUGCUAUCGGGCGGGCUCUUCUGCACAAACAGACUCAGCACCAGUCUUCAAGACUGCGCCCGAUCGGUGGCUUGUGAUUCGAAGACUACACCCAGGAGCCGAGCCUGCAGGCCGGAUUAGGGACAUCACUGCCUGGAUUGUAGAGUCCAACAGAGUCCGCAACGUGCAGGAUUUUGAUCGUAAUGUCGACGUUGAGGUCGAAUGUGCGCCUUAUUUGAAGGGCGACGCUGGCUCCAUCGAAGCACAAGCCGAAAUUUACAUUGGCCAGAAGACACUUCUGACGCCCGGCUCAUGGAAGGAAAGCGCGCCAGAUGCACAGCGCUUCGUGCCACUGGGCACGCUCAACACGGCGAAUCCUCUCUUUGCUGACUAUGCGCCGCACUGUCCCAAUGUCUUUAGCAUACUUGACAAUUUCGAGUACGUGCAAGAUGGGAAACGAGAUUAUCUCACAAAGGCGACUGCAAGCUAUUAUGUUCUUGGUUGGCAUGGCGAAGAAAAUCAAGACUUUCUUACCAACCCUCGAUCCGUGACCAUGUCAGAACUACUGAGCAACAACUUCCUCUCAAUGCCAGUCGCCAAGAGUGACGACUUCCUGAACAGGCCCUCUAGCGGCAGAGUUCUUUGUCAUGGGGCCAUGUACACAGUCAAUUACAGCAGCCAGGACAACAAUACACUUACCUUACCAUCUGCUCAUGCAGCCAAGAAGUUCGCCAACCCAAAAUCACAUCCGGUCACAGUUGGCACGACGCCUUUGGAUAGCGUACUAUCAUAUGUACGUGCUUACAAUGACUCUCUGAAGCAAGGUGGUGCCCGAGAUACUGCUCUCGAUAAAACAGAGUCCGAUUUGCGGCAUUUGGAAACACUGCUUUUGAAACAGGAAGACGACAUUGACUCACAGCAAGAAGCGCAAGAUAUGUUGAGUGCAAACAACUUCGAGCCAUAUCAAGAUAGCGGAUCUUUCUGGAACUUUUCUGCUGCCACCCCUUCCAACACAGGCUCGACCGCACUCCCGACACGCACGCAGCAAUUGUUCGAGCCUACGUCAUCACAGAAGCAGUCUUUAGCCAGACUCAACGAUGUCCAGGCUGCAUUAGACUCGGCAAAGCGUGAGAUGCAGAGUGAGCAGUGGAACUUGUUUGCGUUGUGGUGGAAGUACGUGAGCGACAAAUCCUGGCAGGAUACCAGGACCACAAUUCGAGAAAGCCCAGCCGACCAAUCAAAGAAACCCGCAGAGCUCGUUGAUGCUCAAACAAAGAUUGUCAAAUCCAUGAAAGCACGAGUCGAAAGCCUUGGGAGCGUUAUUGAGACAUACUUGAAGCCGUUUGUUCGACCUGGAUCCGAUUCUAGCAAGCCAUCAUACAUCGUUGAGCGCGGCGCUCGCAAGCGGUUCUACACUCAAAGAGAUCCUUGCUUGUUAGUUCCUGGCCUCUCGAACCCGUGGCCAGUAGACUGGCUAUCACUUCUGCCGACCCGAUUUGCAUCACAAGUGCAGGUUCCCAGUCUGCCUCCUCAGACACCAGCCGGCUGGGGCGGUCUAGGCGAUGUCAUCAAUAACAACGUCCUACCUUGCUUCAUCAACAAACAAGGCGUCGCCAAUAGAGAACUUCAAGACGCAGCAGCUUCGUUAAUUCGAGAAUUUUUCAAUUUGCGACCUAGUGAUAGCUCCGGUGUUAAGGAGAUUCCAUCUACUGUCAGAGGGAAAGCUUCGACAGAUGUCGUCUUGCCUCACUAUCACGACAGCCGUGAUCAGUGGAACAACACACAAGCAUGGUUUCCACUCUUCCUGGAGUGGGAGAUAAGCUACUGCCAUAUUCCAUGGGAUGCUUGGGAUUUCAACCAAGUCAAGAUUCCUUUCAAACCGAACGAGAACCCCCGUGUGCGCUAUGGUAUCAAGCCGGAUCGAACAGUGGCAGAACUCGUCAGAUCCGGGUCGACUCGUGUUCGAGAUGAGCGUGAGGUUGAUGGCCGAGUCCUCAUCCUUCCACAACCAGGCUUCUCGCUCCGUGUCAGUGUUGAACAGUUGCUAUCGUCCACUAAUCCGGACAUGCUACCAGAUAGCUUGAAGCCAAAACUCGAUCCACAAACGGGAGCCGUGACUUUUGACCCGGUUCCGGAUUUCCUCAGCAAGGUCGAGCAGAUUCAGCUCUUGAGUGCGCCUAUGACGGGAUUCAUGGACCACCUUACCACCAAGCUGCAAGGUACUCAUAUCAAACCGACUGUUCGAGACCCGGGAUCUCCAACCAACUUGACCUCUCUCAAAGCCGCAGAGAGGCCUGAGGUGAAUCUCAAUACCGAGGCCAUUACAUUGAUGGGCUCUGAGCUCGACAAGACGCCCUUUUCUGAUUUCGUGCGGUUUGAAGCUGGCGUGGCUCCCAUGAAGCCAGUGACUCAUGGACAAUUUCGAUUUACGAAGCUGAAUAUCAUCGACAAAUUUGGACAAGCAAUUUCUGCGAUCGAUCCGCGGCCAGCGAAUAAUAUACCGCCCUUGUACCCCAACCUCAGCGAGUACUUCCAUCCUCAAGACCUUGGCGGUGAUAUCAAUCGGGAGAACGUGAUUACAGAAGACCCGGCAGGUUGUCAAUAUGCUCAAUAUCCACCCACCAUCAAUCAGGAUGCAAGGCUUAACGGCAACUUCAUGCUUUUCGAUCAAUCGCUGAAGAUGUGGCGUACAGCCAACGAGUGGGAUGAUCCACUUUGGGGAUUCGUAGUGCUCAAUUACGCAGAGAACGGCGUUCAGAUCUUCUUGCCAGACGGGCAAUUCUAUCGCGAGGUGCGCCUGGGUGGGCCGAACAAGGCAUCUCAGAGCAUCGAAUGGCAACCUUUUGAGCCUCCCUCGGACGUAAGAGCGAAGCCGACAGAUCCAAAAGUUUUCCGCUCGCAAGGCUACCCGCAACUAGAUGCGCUCAUGAAGCAGCUUUCACGCCCUGAUUAUCUGCGCUCUUUCUUCGGUAUGGUCAACAAGGCACUGGCAGCGCUUCCUCACACACCCAACCAAUACGCAGAGUAUCUCAAUGCCAUCGUCGGGCGGCCUUUAGCGCUCACGAACAUUGGAUUUGCUCUUGAGCUGGCCAGUCCACCACUGAAGAAUCAGUCAACGCUCAGCAAUGCACCUCCGGAUAUUCCACUGACGUCUGUGAAGAGAGGCGCCAAGAGCUAUAACUUUACUGUCAAGAUUGGCGACCGUGAUCGAGCAUAUGACGGCCUGGUCUGUUUGUUCAAGCAGAUCGGCGACGCGAAAACAGCGCCAGGGCAAGAGCUUGAUCUCACCACCAUGAUCACCUACUAUCCUGCGGGCAAGAACACAACCGCACUUGAUCGUGACCAGUAUAUUGAGCUGACGCCCUACCAUCUCUCGUCCAGGUCGUAUCGCCUCGACGAAAGAGACCCGAACACAGUGGGAAUUGAGAUCAGCAAACUCAUGGUGGACCACUACAACCAGGUGUCAAUGUUUGGAGCACUUCUUGACCCAUUUGCAAAGAUCCACGCGUAUUCUGGCAUCCUGCCAAUUACGACACUGCAAUUGCCGCCUUGGACCUUACAAUCUGCUCUACAGCGCAUGACAGCCUUCUUCCGCAUGGGUCCGCUCAUCAUAACGACACCCGAUCUACAGAAGCGAUACGAUGAGAAGAACAAUCUGAGCACAGGAUCAAAUUUGCUCGAGAUCGCACAAUCGGCUGCUGCUGCCCCAAUAAACACGUCCGAUCCUUUGGCUCAAGCGCAAGCUGCUCUAUUCAGCGGUAUUCCUUUGCCAGCACUCGCUUCUGCAAAUUGGAAUUGGCUGCAGCCCUACGCUGUGGCACCUGAUGACAGCGAACCUGCCUCUGCGACAGCAAGACAACCGAAAUCGCAACAUUGGAAUCCCUUCCCCAUCGCAUCGCUGGACAACAGACCAAGGUUCGAGCGCGGCCCGUACACUGCAAUAGAAGGAUUUCUGCAGCUGAAAAAGCCGAUCUCGGAUGGCAAAAUAUGA